GAAAAAAAGAGGGCAGAGAAAAAGGAAAAAUGAAAAUACGCGCCGUCACCGCUAGCAGACGCCGUCAAUGCUUUAACCUACUCCAUCAAUAACUCCGUCGAAAUUAAGCGGCCUGAUUAACGGACACCGUUAUCGUUGUUCUCCUCAAACUCUUUGUCACUUCUCUCCUCGGCUCCGGUGGGCUUUGGAUUGGAUUUGGGGAAGGAGAUGAGGGUUGUUUGUUCUUGCGCUGUGUAAAAGGAGGCUCUAAUUUUGAGAAUCUGAAAACCCAUCUUCAAAUUGAAAUCUCUUUUCACUUCCCUACUUUCUCUAAUUCCAUACGUAAUUGUAAGUUCUUUCCGUUUCUUGUUCUAUAUUUAUUGGAAUUAAUUGGUUCAUACAAAUCUUGGAUAGGUUCUCUUUUCGUUUUGUUGCUGGGAUUCUUCUGUUUGCAAGUUUGUUGUUCAUCCCCAUCUGGGGUUAUUUUUUUUCCCCCUUUCCUUUUUGGCUGUUGUUCAUCUUUAGUUGGGUUUCUGUUUUGGGAAUUUUUCCCCCCAAUCGAGGGUCAAAGGAGAUUUUCAAUUUCUGUUGUUGAAGUGGACCAUGAUUCUGAAUGUUGGAAGUGAAAAGUGUUCGUUGUAGUUGGUUUUGAUUUUAUCUGAGAAACUGGAUUUGUAUGGAUGUGCUAUGAUUUGAUACUGUUAAAUUCAGAGGAGGCUGGAGAUAGUUUCUUCUUAUUGUAACUGUGGGUAACCAAGGAUUCUUUCUGGGUUAAGGGCUGAGAGGGCAUGGGAGAAGAUUUGCUAACAAGUUUAACCAUGGAAAAUCACCACCCAUCUACCCUUUUGUCAAUGGAUUCAAGUUCUAUGUCUCAUGAAGAACUCGAGCGAGAGAUGAAUCGAUCUAUUGUUCUUUCCCGACCGCCCGAUAUCAAUCUUCCUCUUUCAGCCGAGCGUAGUCCUCCUCCUCAACCCUGGAAUUCAGACACUUUCGAUAUGUUGGAUGUUAGUUUGGGAACCCAAAUUAAUGAAACCGAUGCUCUUCUUAAUCUCCCCAAGGCUGGACGAAAGUUUUCCAAGAGACUAGACAGUGUUUGGGGUGCUUGGUUUUUCUUUAGUUAUUAUUUUAAGCCUGUGUUGAAUGAGAAAUCGAAGUGCAAAAUCAUUCGUGACAGUAAUGGGGUUUCUGGAUUUGAUAAAUCAGAUCUAGAGCUUGAGGUGUUCUUGGUUCAACACGAUAUGGAGAAUAUGUAUAUGUGGGUUUUUAAGGAAAGGCCAGAGAAUGCAUUGGGAAAAAUGCAGCUCAGGAGUUAUAUGAAUGGACACUCUCGUCAGGGUGAACGUCCUUUCCCUUACAGCGUUGACAGGGGAUUUGUUCGGUCUCACAGGAUGCAACGAAAGCAUUACAGGGGCUUAUCAAAUCCCCAAUGUGUCCACGGGAUAGAGUUUGUUUCAUUGCCGAAUCUUAAAGGUCUUGACGAGGAGGAGCAGAAAAGAUGGAUAGAACUUACAGGGAGGGAUCUUAACUUCUCUAUCCCACCCGAAGCAAGUGAGUUUUCUUCAUGGAGGAACCUUCCCAGCACAGAAUUUGAGCUGGAAAGACCACUUCCUCCCUUGAAGACCAGCUCCCAUCCUCCACCGAGAAAAUUGUUAAAUGGAGCUAGUCUUAACCUGUCAACCCGACCAAUGAACCAUGUAAAUGGUGGAGGAAUGGAUCUGUCGCCAAAAGGCAAAAAGCGGAAGAAGGAUGCAUUUCUACAUGGUAGUGAUGAAGACUAUUGUUUGCUCAUUAACCAACAUAAUGAGAGAGUUCAAGAUACAGAAAUUCAUCCAAUUGAGCCUCUAUGGUUAAACGAUUUCAGUGGGGUAAUGAGGAACAUUUAUGGUCCGGUUACAGCUGCAAAAACUAUCUACGAGGACGAGCAAGGAUAUUUGAUAAUUGUCAGCUUGCCUUUGGCUGAUCUAGAAAGGGUUAAAGUAACUUGGUGGAACAACCUCACUCAUGGGGUUGUAAAGAUAACAUCGGUGAGCACUGGCUGUAUGCCCUUUGUGAAAAGAAACGACAGAACAUUCAAGCUCACAGAUCCAUCGCCCGAGCACUGCCCUCCUGGAGAGUUCAUAAGAGAGAUUCCAUUGCCAACCAGGAUCCCAGACGAUGCAAAGCUAGAAGCUUAUGGAGACGAGACGGGCACUGGUCUAGAGAUCAUGGUGCCUAAACAUCGCGUUGGUCUAGAAGAACAUGAAGUUCGUGUUUGCCUUCGCCCUCAUCUUGGAGCAAAUGAGCUCGUGUUAUCUUGAAGGAGACGCUGAUUGGAGUGAUGAUAUAAAUUAUAUUGUUCAUUGCCAUUUUCCAGUUCUGUUGCCAAAAAAAAAAAAAAAAAAAAACAGAUGAAUUUUAUGAAAUUAAAAGGGAAAAUAUGUUUUAAUCCAUUUUUCCUUUGAUCUUAAAUACCAUCUGAUUCCAAAGUUACCUGAUUGGAACAUUAUGGGUUCUUUCACAAUAGAAAAAUAGUUGGCUGCUGAUAUAUGUUUGUGUUCUUCAUGUUGAAUAGAUAAUAACAUCAAUCUUUUAACUGCAA